AUGGCGUUUAAAAAAAAUAGAAUAUCAGAAAUAGAAAGAGAAGAAAUGAUAAUGAAAAUGCAAGAAAAAAUAACAGCUCCUUUACAAUGGAGCUGUUCAGAAUCAUGCAAAAUUAUUGAUCUAAAAGAACAACAUUAUCAACAAGUUUUACAUUUAAUAAAACAUCAUUUUUUUUCUGAUGAUCCAAUGUGUCUAUCAGCAAAACUUCUUGAUGAUCCAAUUUCAACCCAAGAAUAUCUUGAUGAAAUUUGUAGUUGGAUGAGAGAAAAUAAUAGCAUUGUUGCAAUCAGCAAAAAAAGUGAUAGAGUCGUUGGUGCUGCAAUUUUAAAAAUCAAUAGUGAAGAAGAAAAAAACCAUGUAUUUUCAAGAAUGAGAUUUCAGAUUUUACAAGGUGAUGUUCUUGCCAAAUUGAUGAAUUUAAAAAAUGCACUAAUGAAAAAAUCAAAUGUCUAUCAACAAUUGAAUGUAUCAAAAAUUCUUCGUCUUUAUAUUAUUUGUGUUCAUCCAAGUUACAAACUCCGAGAUGUAUACACUGACCUCCUGGAGGCUUGCAUCGAAAUGGCAAUUGUCAAUGAUAUACCAGCUGUUGUUGGAAUUUUCACUUCAAAUGACACUCAAAAAUUAUCACAAACAAUUGGUUUCAACAUAUUAUCAGAAAUUAAUUAUGGACAUUGGAAAAUUAAUCAUGAAAUUGUAUUUAAUAAUCCGGGUAUUGGAAAUUACUCAGUUGCAUUAAUGGGCAUGUCAACACCAACAACAGAAUACAUUGACAAUAUGCGAAAAAUUAAAAAAUUAAAAAUACAUGAAGAAAAUAAAAAACGUCAAAAAUAUCAACGCCAACAAGACGAUUAAUUAAUA